CCACUAUAUCAUUACAUAGAGAAUAGCUGUUUGCUGCUGUAUUAAUAUUUGAAAUCUCAUGUAUAUAACCUUUAACUUGGAAUAUAAACAUGUCAUAAGCAAAGCCAUAGUGAAACGAGUGAAAAGAGUGUCUCCAUGCCCUCUAACUACCUAAUAUGUAUAUGCAAAUUAAUAGCAGUCAUAUGACAUGAUCAGAGGUCAGAGUAACUCAAACUUAUGUCAAGGCUUUCAUCUGACAGUUGUGAUCUUACACUGCAGGAAUGGCUGGAGGUUCUCCAGAAGAGAGCGGGGCCUACAAAACCACAGGAGGAACUAACAGAAAAGAAGACAACAACAGGGCAAAAGGAAGAGGAGAAGAAGAAGGAGGAGGAGGAGGAGGAGGAGGACGAUGAGGAGAAAGAGGCAGAUCAUAAAGAGGUACCUCUGUAUUUGGCCUUGGGUCUUACAGGGAACCCCCCGGCCAAGCCUCGACGCUCCCACCAGAGCAGCAUAGACCAGUCCAUUAUGGAGAUGCAGAGGACCUACCCUGACCUUGCCAUCAGGGGCCGGCGUCUGCUAUCGGACAACACUCACCGAGCAAACUCCAGCAGGAGUACUGCCAGCACUAAAGCUGCUAAGCUCCCCACAAGAGCUUCUGUUAAAGACAACAAAGCUGGUGCAACAGCUCUCUGCAGUAAAGGUGACAGCAGCAGCAAAGCCGAUGAGGUGUUUGGUUGCAACGGCAGGAGCGGCGGUCGGACCACCGCCCCGGGAGACGCUGCUGGCAGUAGUUUCAGUAACACUGAUGGAAACGGAGUUAAUGAUGAGCUCAGUCCACAGUGUGUUUCCUUGCACAUUACACUGAGAGCUGGAGCAACAGCACAGCAGAGGCUGAAGACUGGAGAGCCUCAGCCCACAGCGGAGCCCCCUGCCUGGACACAACAGCAGACUGCAGCAGACCUACAAAAUAAGAGACCGGUCAGCCCAGAGCAUACCUCGCUAAGCUCCACGGAAGAGGAGCGGGAUCUGAGAGAGCUGGCGGAGAGGAUGGGCCAGCUCCACGUGCAGGAGCCCAAAGAGGAGGUGAAGAGAAAAGAGGAAAACAAGAGAGAAGAGGAGAGCACAAGUAAAGAGAGGAGGAAGAAAGAGAGAAAGACAAGCUCAGAGGGAGAGGCGAAGGAGCAGAACCUCAGGAGGCCAGUGAUGGAGACGGGUCCGGUGCUGAGCUGUGCUGCUGGCAGAUGCACCAGAUCCUCUCAGUCCGACCCGGCAGUGAUGAAGGAGCAGAGGCAGCCCGCUGUGUGUCAGCCCUCUCUGCUGAGCAUCAGCACAGCAGACUGUCAGAGCUGUACAGGAGGGCAGCAGGAAGGAGAUUCUGAGAGAGCAGAAACAGGCAGAGGAGAGGAGGAGGAGGAGUUGGCAGAGGAGUACUGUAUAUUAUAAUGUAGCAUCUCUUACGGCUAAUUAACAUGUAUGGAAAUUACUGAGUCUGAACACAAGCUGCCGCUGAUUUUUAAUGAAUGAUACAAAACAAAAACAACAAAACAUCGCUCCUAUUUUUGCAAUUUUCACUUUCUCCCACAGUUUAAUUGCAAAAAAUAAGGGACUAAAAACAUUGCAACAUGUAUCAACAUGCAAUGAAUUUUUGGCUGACAAAAUCCUGGAGGGACUGAUUAGUUUACUUAAUGCCUAUGGAUCACGAUGUUAUUUAAUCCCAUAGACACUCAACAGUUGAGCCCACAUAGCCCAAUAUUGCUGUUUGACAUGACUUCAGACAUCAAAUACAUGAAAAAAGGUUUGUCCUAAGGCAUUUAUUAGUUUCUGACUCUGGGAAAGUACAUUUUUUGUGUUUUUUUUAAGUGAUAAACAUACUGCUCUAACUGAGAGCUCAGGAAAUAGUAAAGGAAGCCAAGCUGCUUCAUCAAAAAUACCAACAUUUUCUCUCACGUCAUCAACACACUGCCUUCUUACAUCCUCACAUGCUCAUCAAACUUGUUUUUCUCUCAUGAUUUCGGCCUUAGUGUAGAUUAUUUACAGCUAGUUUUGUUGUUGUUGUUGUUGUUGUUGUUGUUGUUUAUUAACUCAUCUUUAUAUACCAUCAUGAGUCACAGGAUGAAAAAGAAGGGGAACUUAAAGCAUGAUCAACCCCACUUUCAUUAUUUGAAACCUCCCCAUGGACAGGUUGUUCCAGUCAGACAGAUACUGUGUGAGGUUUCGGUCAGCGCAGUAUCAUGUUGACUCCAUCUGGAGUGAAUCCAACUCUCAACCCCGUAGAACUGACUAAUUUUCUCCUUUCAUGGAGACGGGUGGCUCCAGAGGGGUGGCAGAAACUGCCAUAUUUAAUUGGGGAAAUGCCCAAAUGUAAUUUGUGCUGCAAAAUGUAUUGAUUAUACUCCUGCUAUGACCUGAGGACAACCAGUGGAAGCUGAGAAACACAACUCUCUGUUGAUUUCUUUUUAAUUGUUCAUUUUAAAUUAAUAUUAUAAUUACAAUAUUAUUAUUUUUUUUCAUUGAAUUAUUGCUCUUUUGUUCAUGUAGUUUGUAAAUCUGUAAAUAAUUGAGUGAUUAUAUGUUGCUAGCAUAACACUCACACACACUCACACAUACAACAACUUCAACACACACUUCAACACCACAAUCUCUGUCAAACACACACAAACAAACGUUUUUGUUAGUUAAUAUUUUCUUGAUUUUAGCAUUUCUAAUGUUUGUUUUUCUUUUUACUCUUUUAUUUUUUAAUUGCUUGGGCAAUGUUGUCUUUAUUAAACACAAAGCUGAAGAUUGGAUUGAAUGGCUGGCCACCACAGUUUGUUGUCAAAUGCUGUCAAAUUUAAAACAUUAAUUUAGAUUCAUAGAUUCAUUCAAAUGUGUAGCUGUGUUAGAAACUGAAAUACAUUUUAUGAUCGGGUCACAUUUUAGACUAAGUGAUCAUCUUAAGGUCAAUGAAAAUGUAUGACAUGUAUUUGGAAAAAUGUCUAGAUUUGUAAAUAAAACAGUGUAUUG